AUGGGAGAACAAUCAGAUUCUAUGGAGAAUUUUCAGUUAGAAAAUCGUGCACUUCGUUUACGUGAAGUAGCUACAGCACCACAACAGUAUUCUGAUGAUUCAUCAUCAAUAAUUGGAUCAUCAACAUCAGAACAAAAUAAUAUUAAAUUAAAAUAUCAACAACAAUAUCAACAGCAACGGCAACAGUUACAAUUUCAAUUUUUAUCGAAUGACGGUGGAUUGCAACAACAACAACAACAACAACUACUACAACAACAACAUCAUCAACAAGGACACUAUAAUAAUAAUAAUGACGAUGCAGGUGUACAAAUUGAUGGUAAUAACAUUAUUAUUCAAUCAUCAUCACGACGUAUUGGUGGUCUUGGUUUAAGUGGACUUACAAAUGGUAUUAGUAAUUUAAUAUCAGCAACAACAUGGGAUUAUUUUGAUGAAGCCGGUUAUAUUAAGGGUGGUGCAUUACGUUUUGGUGAAGAUCCAUAUGUAAGAAAUCGUUUUAAUCAGAAAGCAAGUGAUUCAUUACCAAGUAAUAGAGAAAUUCCAGAUACAAGACAUCCAGAAUGUAAAAGAACAAAAUGGCGUACAGAUUUACCUGAAACGAGCGUUAUUAUUACAUUUCAUAAUGAGGCCAGAUCAACUUUAUUAAGGACGAUAGUUAGUGUUUUAAAUAGGAGUCCAGAGCAUCUUGUUAAAGAAAUCAUUUUAGUUGAUGAUUUUAGUUUUCAUCCUGAAGAUGGUUUGGAAUUAGCUAAAAUUCAUAAAGUUCGUAUAAUACGUAAUGAUAAACGUGAAGGUUUAGUAAGAUCUCGGGUACGUGGUGCUGAUGCAGCAACAGCUAAAGUAUUAACAUUUUUAGACAGUCAUGUUGAAUGUAAUGAACAUUGGUUAGAACCAUUAUUAGAACGUGUUGCUGAAGAUCCAACACGUGUUGUAUCACCAGUUAUUGAUGUUAUAUCAAUGGAUAAUUUUCAAUAUGUUGCUGCAUCAUCUGAUUUACGUGGUGGUUUCGGUUGGAAUUUAGUAUUUAAAUGGGAUUAUUUACCACAAAAUGAACGUAUUAUACAAGCAGAUGAUCCAAAACGUGCUAUACGUACACCAAUGAUAGCCGGUGGUUUAUUUACAAUUGAUAAAGCAUAUUUUGAAAAAUUGGGUAAAUAUGAUACAAAAAUGGAUAUAUGGGGUGGUGAAAAUUUAGAAAUAUCAUUUCGUGUAUGGCAAUGUGGUGGCAGUUUAGAAAUAAUACCAUGUAGUCGUGUUGGUCAUGUAUUUAGAAAAAAACAUCCAUAUACAUUCCCUGGUGGUAGUGGUACAGUAUUUAUUAGAAAUACAAGACGUGCAGCUGAAGUAUGGAUGGAUGAUUAUAAACAGUAUUAUUAUGAUUCAGUUAAAGUAGCCAAAAAUAUUCCAUUUGGGAAUAUUGAUGAUCGUUUAGCAUUAAGAGAAAAACUUCAUUGUAAACCAUUUAAAUGGUAUCUCGAGAAUGUUUAUCCAGAACUUAAAGUACCAGAAGCAUAUCCUGUUGGACAAUUACGUCAAGGACAUUUUUGUCUGGAUACUUUAGGAAAUGAUGUCGAUGAAACUGUGGGUAUUUAUCAAUGUCAUAAUAAUGGUGGUAAUCAAGAAUGGGGUAUAACAACAAAAGGUCAAAUACAACAUCAUAAUGUUUGUUUAACAUUAUUAAAAUUUUCACGUGGCUCACAAGUUGUUAUGAAAAUCUGUGAUGAUUCAGAGAAUCAAGUCUGGAAAUUCCGUGAAGGUGGUUUCCUUCAACAUUCCAAAAUGAAUAUAUGUUUGGAUACAAUAAAUGUAACAACACGUGGUAUUAUAGCUGAACGUUGUGAUACAUCAGUAAGUACACAACAUUGGGAAUUUAUAACAAAAUUUUCGUGAGAGUAUAUAGACUAUAAUAAUUCUAAUGUUAAUUUAAUAAAAUCAACAAAUAAUAAUAAUAAUAAAAUAAAUAUAAUUCCAUUAACUAAAACAAUAACAGCAAACGGAACGAUAAUAACAACAAAAGCAAGAGUAACAACAAUAAAAGUAUGAAAUAUAAUUUAAUGCCGGCAUCAAAUAUCAAAAUGUCAAAAUUAAUAAAAAAUUCAAUUAAAAUAUUGUAAAUUCCAUUAACACUAAAUAUUACACUAAAAACAUUACAAAAUAAUUAUUAUAGAAAAUCAUCAUUAACAUCAUUAUUAUCGUAAUUUGGAAAUUAUAUGAAAGUAAAGAAAAAAAAUUAUAAUAAAUUUCCAUCGAUUAUUAAAAAUUAAUUAAAAAUAUCUUGUUUUUCGCUAUUCAUACAUACAUACAUAAUAAAUAAAUUAAUUGAAUAAAACAGAAAAAAAUACAAAACAAAAAAUUAAAUAUGUACUAAGGAAUUAAGAUUAAAUUUUUAUUUAAAAUGUGAUUAUAAUUAAAAAAAAAAAUAAAUGAUAAGGAAAUUAAAAUGAACACUAAAAUAACAAAAACAAAAAAAAAACUACAUUUGACUUAAGUGUUUAAUUAUAAUAUAAAUAUAAGUAUAUAUAUAUACAUAUAUUAUACAUACUUAUAAUUGAAUAGAAUAAAAAAAAAAUAUUAAAAAUUAAAAUUAAAUAUAGAAAAUUUAAAAAAAAAAAUUAUUGUAAUAAUUAUGAUGUACGCGAUUAUCAACUCUGCAGCAGCAUAAUUAAACAAAGAAAUUAAAAGUAGAAUGAAAAAUUACCGUUAUAUUUUUUAAUUAUUUUGUUAAAUAUUUAAAUAUAUGAGCGCAUACAUACACACACGCAUAUGUAUGUGUCAAUAAUAUAUUGUAAAAAUUAUGUAAUUUUUUAGAAAAUGAAGAAGAAAACAAAAAAUCAAAUUAAAAGAGACAAAACUACUAUACGAGUACUACGAGUAAUUAAUGCAAAACAAAAAAAAAUUUGUUCGAAAUAUUUAGGUACCUACAUAAAAUUUUUGUUAUGAAUAAAUUAUAAUUUUAUAUAAACUUCCUAAAAAAUCUCAACGAAAAAAAAACAGGAAAAAGUUUGAAAAAUAUUGAAAAUCUAAAAUAUCGAAGUAGAUGUUCACAGUUCACACCAUACAUAAUGCGUAUACAGUUCAAUAAGAGGAGAAUAUAAAAUAUGACCCUACUUAUAGACCGUAUUAUACAGUUCAAUAAGAGGAGAAUAUAAAAUAUGACCCUACUUAUUUUACGUAUAGAAAUUUCUCUAUUAUUCGGUAUCGCAGGUCGAAUCUAACUCUCAAUUUGUUAUCGAAUCUUAAGUCGAAUCUAACUGUUUGUGAGAUUAUCAAUUAUUUUAUGAUUUAUCAAAAUCAAACUUGUAUAAAAGGGUAAAAAAAUAUUCUUGACAAACAAGUACCAAAAAAUUCAAAAAUAAUUUUUUGUUUCUAAUUUUUAUACCCGUACGAACGUAUUUUCAAUUUAAUUUUAAAAGAGCUUCAUAUAAAAUCCCAGUUAUUAAAAGAGAAUAAUUCGACUGUAUUGUGUCGAAUUUUAAAAACAUAAAGUUAAUUUUAAAAUGCAUUUACAAUUAAAUUAUAGUCGAAUGGACAGUUUAAAUCAAAUUUAGAUUUAAUCUACUGCUCAAAACCUACCAGUAUUUAUAUUAAUUAAAAAUUCAUUACAUUUCCGUCCUUGUGCAGAUCUUAGACGUUGUGUGUCAGUAUUUUUAAUGGAAACGGUAACUUCAUAAUUCUUCAAGUCCAGAUAUGUGUGAUUUUACAUAUCAUGGCAGUAAUUUUCAUGUAAUCAAAAUUAGUAUCUUAAAAAAGAUGUAAUUUGAUAUUUCUUGAAAGUAUUACUUGUAAAUUUUUAAAAUGAUACUACCAAUUUCCGAAAUUUAACAUUUCGGCCGUAGUUGAAAAAAAAUGCUAUUCUAUCAAAGAGAGUUGAAUUAAUUUACUUAUAUAAAUUUUAAAGAUUCUAUCUCGGAUGUUUAUUAGCUUAGAAGUACGGGCCUUAAAUCUGAACGAAAGGGAUAUAUAAAACGGAGUAGAGAAUAUUCUUUUAACUGGACAGAGUUGAAAUGAGAUUUUUAAAAUUUAUUCGAAUUGUUAUCGAUUUAUAAUUUUAUCUUUUGAUGAAUAUUUUGCAAUUUACAAAUGUUUUUAUUAUUUUCAGAAAGUUUGAAAGGACGACUUUGUUCUUUUUUUAUAUAAACCUCAAUAUUACUGUCACAAUACUGCUUUUAUGGAAAUUUGAAACGUAAAUGUAUAUAAAUUAUGUAUUGAUUUAUGUUCACUGUGAUAUUACACAUUGCAGAUAUGUCAAACUUUUUCCAAACAUUCCUAAAAUUUUAAUUUGAAAUGUUAAAUAUUUAAAUUAUCUUCAAUUUGAAUUAAAUAUUGAAACUUAUGCAUAUUAUAUAAAAAAAAUUAUUAUAAAAAAUUAUUGCCUUGUAUACCAUACCAAAUAACUAAUUCAUAUAAAAAUAUAGUGACAAGUGACGACACAAACUCAAUUAUUUAAAAAUAUCAUUGUUUUUUUAUUCAACUAAAAUCAUCAAUUCAUAUUAAAACAUUUGUUAUUACUUUGUAUACUUAAUCAUUUGUUAAGAGAAAAAUACUAAUUUUUUAUAAAUUAUAUAAAAGAAAAAUUUAAAUUACACACAUACGUGUAUUUAUAUAUCUUCAGCC